ACGCAAGUUUUCAAAUGUGGCUACUAGCCAAUCCCUUUCUUGUCCUUAAUAAGUUUUGGACCAAACACCUGUUACACAACAUUAAUGUAGAUAUAAAGGAAUUUGAUAAGAAAAGAGGAUUGUGCUCACCCAUUGUUCGAGGAUUCAGUUUUGUGGCAUGGAAGGCUGAGGAGUUCAGAGUUCAGAGUUCAUCUAUUUUCCUCUCCUAGCUAAGAGUUCAGAUUCUGCCAUGUCUUCACUAUCAGCAAAGAACAAUGAUAAGGGUGACUCCACAAAAGUGGAUGAUGUGGAAAACCAAGAACAAGAGGGAACAAAAGGAAUGGACAGAAAACCAUCUGAGAUUUAUGCACCAAUGAAGCAAACACCAUCAAAGACCUCUGUGCUUGUUAAUUUUCUCCCCACUGGAACUCUCUUGAUCUUCAACAUGCUUAUUGCACCAAUAUCUGAAAAUGGAAAAUGCGAUACGGUGAACUUUACAAUGAUGAACAUUCUCAUAGCUCUCUGUGUUAUCUCCUGCUUCUUUUUUCAACUUGUAGAUAGUUAUCAAGUUGGCAAGACAGUAUACCAUGGAAUUGUGACUAAAAAAGGGUUGCUAUUAUUCAACUCUGAUCUUGAGAAAAGAUAUAAAGAGGGAAAAGAGUACACCCUAAAGGCCACAGAUUUGAUCCAUGCAAUCAUGUCUGUUUUUGUAUUUGCAGUGUUUGCAUUAUCUGAUAAGCGUGUAAGGGAUUGUUUGUUACCUGCACAUGAAGCUGUAAUUUCUGAAGUGAUGAAGACUUUGCCUCUAAUUGUGAGUAUUGCUUGUAGUGGCCUGGUUCUCAUCUUUCCUGACACUCGCUUCGGUGUAGGGAUGCUUGGGUGACUAGAGGAUGCAGCUCUUGAAGAUCCAGCUUUGUCUCUUAUUUGCGUGUGUGUAAAAGUACUCAGAGAAUAUGCCCUUGAAGAUCCUGCUUUGUAGAUCUAUUGUUUGUCUGUUUUAUGUGAGAGUGUGAGAGACAGUGAGAAAGGGAGAGUCUAUAAAUAUUAUGGGGGAAGAGUUCUCUGGUAGAGAGUGUGGCUCCAGUAUCAGUGAGGAGGCCAAUAGGUGGGCAUCCAGAGCCAUCGAGGGAGUAAGCAUUUUCACCUUUCAUGGGGUGAGACAAUCAUUGCAAACCCCUAUGUAUCUGGUGCAGCAAUUAGAUACACUCCUAGACAGUCCUUUUUCCCAUAUUGUUCUCUAAGUUGUAUACCUCGACUCAGCUAGCAUGUAAUAACUAUUGUUCUCUAAAUUGUGUACAUUGUCUCA